GCCAGUUACGCCCACUGUCCUGUGACAGCGCUAUGAACAGCCAAACCUGUUUCGGUUAGCUUACGUGUCAUUCACAACUGAUGUGCGUUUGUAGGAUUUGAAAGAAAUAGAGUCGAUUAACUUUGUGAGGUAUUUGACCGCCUACAGAUUGCCCUAGCUGCAGACACAAAGGACUCGGAUGCUUGGAUUGAUGAUCUCAUCCUACCCCGACCCAAAAUGAAAGCUCUGAUCCUGGUUGGAGGUUACGGCACCAGGCUGCGGCCGCUCACCCUGUCCGUGCCCAAGCCCCUGGUGGACUUCUGUAACAAACCCAUCCUCCUUCAUCAGGUGGAGGCGCUUGUCAAGGCUGGAGUGGACCAUGUUAUCCUGGCCGUAAGCUACAUGUCUGAUCUGCUGGAGAGAGAGAUGAGGAUUCAGGAAGAAAGGCUUGGCAUCCGGAUCUCUCUGUCUCAUGAGAAGGAACCGCUGGGAACAGCCGGCCCCCUGGCCCUGGCCAGAGAGCUGCUGACAGACGACGACGAGGCAUUCUUUGUGCUCAACAGCGACGUCAUCUGCGACUUCCCCUUCGAGGACAUGCUGAAGUUCCACAAGCACCACGGCCGGGAGGGCACCAUCGUGGUGACCAGGGUGGAGGAGCCGUCCAAGUACGGCGUGGUGGUGUACGAGGCCGAGAGCGGACGGAUCUACCGCUUCGUGGAGAAGCCCCAGGUGUUCGUCUCCAACAAGAUCAAUGCUGGCAUGUACAUCUUCAGCCCCUCCAUGCUCUCCAGGAUCCAGCUCCAACCCACCUCCAUAGAGAAGGAGAUCUUUCCCCUCAUGGCCGAGGAGAGACACCUGUACGCUAUGGAGCUUCAAGGGUUCUGGAUGGAUAUCGGUCAGCCCAAGGACUUCCUGACAGGCAUGUGCAUGUACCUGCAGUCGGUACGGCAACAUGCACCUGAGCGUCUACGCACCGGGCCUGGCUUCCUGGGGAACGUUCUGGUGGCCCCUACGGCCCAGAUCGGGGAGAACUGCACCAUCGGGCCCAACGUGACGCUCGGCGCUGACGUGGUGCUGGAGGACGGGGUGAGGAUUAAGCGCUGCACGGUCCUAAAGGGGGCCCGAGUCCGAUCCCACUCCUGGCUGGAGUCCUGCAUCGUGGGCUGGAGCUCCUCUGUGGGGCAGUGGGUACGCAUGGAGAACGUGACCGUUCUAGGCGAAGACGUGAUUGUCAACGACGAGCUCUACCUCAACGGGGCCAACGUCCUUCCUCACAAGUCCAUCAACGACUCUGUGCCUGAGCCGCGCAUCAUCAUGUAGCCGCGACGCAGACGCAGCUUCGUCACGGCCUCCACGGACCCGCAGGAGAGAGGCGCAGGGUCAGGCCAGCUGGAGAGGCUCUCGAGUGGGGUAGCUAGGCUAGGGAGGCCUGUCACUGACAGGAGGUGUCACUGACAAGGGGUAGGACAAACUGAAGAAAACUAAAUAGAAGGAGAGAUUAGAGGCAUUAGAGGAAGACAUGAACAUUGCUGUUGAGAUUUACUAUGCAUAAGAACAACUGAUAGAGCAGACCAUACCAGAACAGGGGGGUGUGGGUAUGACUGGUUGAUGGGUUGCCAUGGGGAAUUUGUUUGCUAUUUUCUGUUUAAUUCACCUUUUUUGUGUUUGUUUGCUUACUUUGCCUCAUAAUUUUUCAUUACGCUCUACUUUGAUGCCAACCUCUGUAUGUCCAUAGAAGAACUCCCAUCAAUGUCUGUGGGACUAUUAAUGCUGUUGUAACAACACACGGUGCACUGCAGGGUCAGCAGUAGAGAACAGAACUCUCUCUCUCUCUCUCUCUCUCUCUCUCUCUGAUCACUUAGAUAGAAGGGUUAGUAUUUCUUCAUGCUUCAAACGUUUCAGUUGAGGAACUCCUUUGACCUUGUGUGCCAUGACCGUACUAUCUCUGUGAACCCCUCUGUCUCUCCAUGCUGUGCUUUCAUGCUCACGUUCAAUUAGCAUUAUGAGGGACGUCUUAACAGGCAUUCCAUGUAGUGUUGGAAAGGAUUCUCAUUCAUUGACAACACGGGAUGUCAUAACGCUAAUGUUGGUUAGUCUGUGGUUCUGUCAAACUUUUACUGAUCUGAUCUCCCCACUGCACUAAAGGUAGAAGGGUGUAUAUAUGUGCACUAAUUAGAACUCUGGUGAUUAAAGACGAGCCUUUCCGAGCUGUUUAGAUGGGUGAACCUUAGGGUUAUGAUGGGUGUCAUGUUUCUGUAUUUACUGAUUCUAAGAGCCUCGCUGAUGUAUCUCUUGUCAGGGGGCCAGUGGCUGUGUCCAGCAGGUGUCAUGGACCUGUCAGAAGUCUACAUUUUCAAUGAAGUAGUCCUUUUUUUAUCAUAUUAAUAUAAUACCUUCCAACAGAA